ACAGUUUCUGUUCAUCCGUCCCUCUGAAAAACCCUCAUUUCAACAGACGACAGAGGACCGAGAGGUGUUACAUUUAACCAAACCACUUACCAACAUGGUCCUUUACAUCUUUCAGAUUACGCUGUUUCUCCUUUUUAUCACAGUAGAGCUCUCAGCCAGUGGCUGCAGUCUGGAGGUCAGACAGCCCAAUAAGCAGCUCUUUGGGGAAGAACACCAGUCCAUCUCCAUCUCCUGCAACAUCAGCAUAUCCAGCUGUUCAAGCAGUUCGCCGGAGGUGGUUUGGUAUGUGUUCACCAGUGGCUCCCACCAUCAGCUGGAUACAAAGAAUCAUCCAACCAAAUACCAUCUGAAGAAUCACCAAUUACAGAUCAGUCAGCUGACGAGCAGUGAUGAUGGGGUUUAUUACUGCGCUGUGGCAAUAAGCGACCUGACCACGGCCGGAGCACAAGCUUUCGGAACUGGCACCACAGUAACAGUGCACGAGCCUUCCCAAUAUGCUGGCAGAUCCGUACUGCUGGCAUUACUGGUCUUACUCGUCCUGUAUGAUAUCACACUCCUGACCUAUAUGAUCUGCAUAAAGACUGGAAGAGGCUCUUCGUUCUUUAACGGAAGAUUCAGGAAAAGUGACACAAAGAUUGAUUCAUCCAAGAAAGUCCACUUCGGAGCUGUGGUGCAAGAACUGUACAACAGGAGGAACUUACACAAGAAGAGCGCCAGCGCUUCGGGAGAAGCGUCGCCUGAUAACAAGAUUGAAAAUCCACACUUUCAGACUGAGGGAGAAGACAUCUACCAGAAUCUGGAAAGGACUGGAUAAACUGGGAGAUUCCACGGAUUAUACUGUACAGUGAACGUCUGGAAACAUACAGGAGAAAAGAGGAAGAGGCUGCGUCCCAAUUGUGUACUGCACUCUAAUACUAUUAGGUAUAGACUUUAAGGAGCACUAAGCCCCCUGGUUUUAGCUGACUCCACCCUCAGCUCAAAUUUGAAAAAGGCAAAAAAAUGGGAGAGGUAGAUUUGGAGGGGCACUGGGUGAUGUAUGGGUUUAGAGGCGGGACAGGAGGGAAGUAUUAUUGAUAGACUUAUCUGCAUAUUGUGUGUUGUGUCUGCAUACCAAUAUACACAGACACAUCAUCCACACCUAUAGCACAGUUGAACCUGAGAGGGCCCUCACAAUAGUAAAAGCGUUUUUUAAAGGUUAGGAAAUGUUUAUAAAAAAUGUUAUGUGUCAUCAUUUAAAAAAACACACAUUUCAGAUAUUAAUGGAAAGAAAUAUGGUUUAAGGAUUAGUGGCUCUAUUAGGGAGAUUAGCAUACAAAAUAUGAUUUUCUUACCAGUUUUUACAUAACCUAUUCACAUUGCAUUGUGGUAUAUUUCCUUGCAUACAGUAUCUCAAUAUAUUGCAAUAUAUAAAAACACAUAUUUGCCCAGUUCUUUUUUUAGCUAUACUACAUACUACACACUCAAACACUAGUUAGUAUGAGUAAUAAGUAUGCAAUUGGGACACAGCCAAAGAAAAGACAAUGGGAUGAAUGGACUGAAGAGGACCAAAUCAAGUGGACUACUGGACAUUGCCUCUAUAUAUGCAGAUUUAGGACCAACUUCUUUUUUAAAGUCCUAAUUUAAUAUGAACCAUCACAAAAUGGACUAAAUAAUAAAUCUCAGAUAAAGUGA